CCGCGCAGGCGCGCAUCAUUCUUCAGAAUAAAGGAUACGCCAGAAUUGUGCUGUCGAGACGACAACCUCUGCGUCCGUUUCAAAUAUAUUACUACUGGCCGACUCAGAUUAAGUCUGAGGCCGGUAACAUCAACAGAGAGGACAAACCCAGCCUGCCUCUCUCCUUCCACACUGAGUCCAAACCUACAGUCACUGGGUCCUGAUUGUGACAGUGGAGCCCAGUUUGCACUGCAGGAUCCAGAGAUGGCAUCAGUGAAGCUGGAAGACUGCAGUCAAGCACUGGAGCUGAAUGUCAACAUUAAAGAUGAAGAAGAGGAGGAGAAGAUUGGAAAAUCUGUUAGUCAUGGACGACUAGAAUUAAGUCUGAAGCCGGUAACUUCAACAGUGACGACAAACCCAGCCUGCCUCUCUCCUUCCACACUGAGUAGAAACCUACAGUCACUGGGUCCUGAUUGGGACAGUGGAGCCCAGUUUGCACUGCAGGAUCCAGAGAUGGCAUCAGUGAAGCUGGAAGACUGCAGUCAAACACUGGAGCUGAAUGUCAACAUUAAAGAUGAAGAAGAGGAGGAGAAGAUUGGGGAAUCUGUUUCUCAUGGAGACCAUGUUGAGACAUUCUCUACGUCCAGAGAUCAACAGCAGGAACAUCACAGAGCUAAGAGGUGUCACCACUGCCCACACUGUGAGGAGAUUUUCCCAAUUCUAUCAAAGCUAAACAUACACCUAAAAAUACACACAGGAGAGAAUCCGUAUUCCUGUACUGACUGUGGGAAGAGAUUCACAACAUCAAGGAAUCUGACAGUUCAUCAGAGUGUGCACAAUGGAGCGAAGCCUUACCCCUGUUCUGACUGUGGGAAGAGUUUUUCAAGAAUGGACUUCUUAAAAACACAUAAACGUAGACAUACAGGACUGAAGCCUUACUCCUGCUCUGAAUGUGUAAAAUUCUUCACAACAUCAGCUGAGCUAAAAGUUCAUCAGAGAACACACACAGGAGAGAAGCCUUACUCCUGCUCUGACUGUGGAAAGAUUUUCUCUCAACUUGGCCCCCUAAAAAGACAUGAACGUAUACAUACAGGAGUGAAGCCUUACUCCUGCUCUGACUGUUUAAAAUGCUUCACAACAUCAGCUGAGCUAAAAGUUCAUCAGAGAACACACACAGGAGAGAAGCCUUACUCCUGCUCUGACUGUGGAAAGACUUUCUCUCAACUGGGCCCCUUAAAAAGACAUGAACUUAUACAUACAGGAGUGAAGCCUUACUCCUGCACUGACUGUGGAAAUUGCUUCACAACAUCAGGUCAGCUAGAAGUUCAUCAGAGAACACACACAGGAGAAAAACCGUACUCCUGCUCUGACUGUGGAAAGAGUUUCUCUCUACUGUUCAACUUAAAAACACAUGAACGUAUACAUACAGGAGUGAAGCCUUACUCCUGCUCUGACUGUGUAAAAUGCUUCACAACAUCAACUGACCUAAAAGUUCACCAGAGAACACACACAGGAGAGAAGCCUUACUUUUGCGCUGACUGUGGAAAGACUUUCUCUCAACUGGGCACCUUAAAACAACAUGAACGUAUACACACAGGAGAGAAACCUUACUCCUGCUCUGACUGUGGAAAGAUUUUCUCUCAACUGGGGCCCUUAAAAAGCCACAAACUUAUACAUACAGGAGUGAAGCCUUACUCCUGCUCUGGCUGUUUAAAAUGCUUCACAACAUCAGCUGAGCUAAAAGUUCAUCAGAGAACACACACAGGUGAGAAGCCGUACUCCUGCUCUGACUGUGGAAAGAGUUUCUCUCAACUGGUUCUCUUAAAAAGACAUGAACGUAUACAUACAAGAUUGAAGCCUUACUCCUGCUCUGACUGUGUAAAAUGCUUCACAACAUCAGGUCAGCUAAAGGUUCAUCAGAGAACACACACAGGAGAGAAGCCGUACUCCUGCUCUGAUUGUGGAAAGAGUUUCUCUAUACUGUGUAACUUAAAAACACAUGAACGUAUACAUACAGGAGUGAAGCCUUACUCAUGCUCUGACUGUGGAAAGAGUUUCUCUAUACUGUGUAACUUAAAAACACAUGAACGUAUACAUACAUGAGUUGUUCCUCACCGCUGAUCUGACUAGAAAAUGUUUUAAAACAGCUGAGCUAAAAGUUCAUCAGAGAACAGACACAGGAGAGAAGCCUGACUUCUGCUCUUAAUGUGGCAAGAGUAACUCAAGUAAAACUGAAAGUCACCAAGUAGAAUACCACUUGAGUAAAAGUAUUUGGUUUUAAAUAUACUUAAGUAUCAAAACUAAAAUUAUGAAUCAUUUCAAAUUUCUUAAAUGAACCUCUACGGGAUGGGUGUUCCUAAAACAGGACGGUUGUUGCUAAUGUGACUAUAAUGACAUUGUAUUCAACAGCUAACUUUCUGGGACAUAGACAUGUCUUUUAUAUGGGCAGAAAGCUUACAUUAUUGUUAAUCUAACUUCAGUGUCAAAUUAACAGUAGCUAUUACAGUGAAAAAAUAUUUUGCUAUUGUUUGAGGAGAGUGUACAACAACAACUUGUAUCAUGGCAACUGGUUUGAUACAUUCACCUCUGAAGGUAAAUAGUGUACCUACAUUCAGUAAUGUUACUCUGAUUUGUCAUCCUUAGGGUCCCAGAGAUAAAAAUGUAGCACAGUUUUGUUUGAUAAACAUUUAUUUUAUGUUAAAUGUAGGAGCUGGGUUCUACAUUUUUGAACCCCUGUUGUCUCUGGCUCCACACCUACCCCGCCCGGCCAUCUAGAUGUGUGAAAAUUAGUGUGUAAGCUAAUGAUCCAUCAUGUAUGACAUUCCUGGGAGUGUGUAAACUUAUUUUUUUUAUUAAUAUAGCAUUUUUAUAUGUUCUCUAUAGUUAUGUACUUAAAUAUAUCAAUUGACAAAUUCAGGACAUUUGGGGCGAACUCCUGGCAGACUUGAUACAGUGCAGUAAUGUAAAUUCUUCACUGGAUCAGUCAGAACCUUUGCAUACAGUGCUGCCAUCUGGUGGCAAAUCUAAAUUACACCUAGACUCCUAUCUGAAAGUAUGGCCUUUCUUGCAUUUCAAAGUUCAUGAAAAAGAAAAAGUUUUUUUUUUUGUUUGUAUGUUUUUACCAGAUCUAAUGUGUUAUUCUCCUACAUUCAUUUCACAUUUCCACAAACUUCAAAUAGUUUCCUUUCAAAAGAUAUCAAGGCUAUGCAUGUCUUUGCUUCCGGUGCUGAGCUACAGGCAGUAAGAUUUGGGUAUGUCAUUUUAUGUGG